AUGGACCAAUCACAUUUCAAUUACUCAGCAGCCACGCCUCAAAAGAAUGGUUCAAAUGCCUCAACAGAAUCCACACCCAAAAAAAUAAUCAAAAAACGAAAAUAUAGUCGUGGCGGAUGUGUUGAGUGUAAGCGGCGCCGAAUCAAAUGUGAUGAAUCGAAACCAGACUGUCAUAACUGUUCAAGGUUAAAUAAAACAUGUGUUUAUCGUGUAGCUGUACAACGAUACAAAUUUGUGGAAGGUAAAGACGAGUAUAAUAAUGAGGAUAAUGGAAAUACAAAUCUAGCACCUGGUGAAAAUUAUCAAAGUGGUGCUGAUAACGGUAACGGAAACGGCAUACACAAGAGAAAAUUUGGGUUGCCUAGCGUUUUGGAACGAAACGAAGGUUUGGUAUUUAGACAAGACGGACUGUAUAUGUCACUGCCAGUGCCACAACAACUUCCACAGCAAGUACUACAACACCCACCUUCACUCCCGUUCCCACUUCAUCAACCACUUCAACAACCGCUUCAACAACAGCAACCAACACCAUUACAACCACAGCCGCUGCUGCUGAUACCAUUGCAGAUGCUGGCGCAGCAUCCCUCGGGGUUUAGAUAUUUCCAAGGCAAUAAUAGUAAUAUCCGAACACCACCAAGCACAAUUCGACAGCAACAUGUUCCUAUUCAUGGCGAGAAUAACAGUAGUAGCAAUCUUAAUGAGGGAAUAUCAUCGGUUGGGGCUUCAAUUGGAACAUCAGUUGCAUUACCUAUAGGAGCAGGAUCGAUUGGCGAAGCUGGUACAUUACCAUCUGGACAAGUACCAGCGCCAGCGCCAGCUCCAGUACCAACCCAUUUAUCACAGACACUUCCAGCGCCACCACCAUCAUCAUCAACAACUACAACAACAGCAGCAGCAGCAGCAGCAGCAGCAACAUCCAAUUCAUCCACACCUGUUGAAAGUACCCAACAGCCAAUGGAUGGAUCUUCCACGGAGUCAAAGCAUGUUCCAGGAAGCUGCAAGAAAUACAAAAUUGCCGAUGUAUUAUCACCGCCAAAAUACGAUUUUCUCAAUGAUACCAAUUGGGGAAGUAUUGCGCCAGAGGAAGUGAGGACAUUGUUUGAUGAUGCGAGAUUAUUAGUACAUGACUCUUUCAAUAUGUUUGGCAUCGAGCUGACAAAUUAUUUUGACCCUGUCCAACAACAUCAUCAGCUAGAGCAGUCGCAAGAGCUGAUGCCACAGAGACAAGUAUAUUCGGAAAAUGAUAACCAAAACAAUGCAUCUACAACCGGCAUAGGAUCGGAUGAAAAUGGCCCACUAUCGCAAUUUCGAUCACCACACAAGCCCAUGAGUACAAUCAGUGCCGAUGACGUAUCUAUAGCCACUACAAAUACAUUUCCUGAUUUUCCGAUUGAAGAAAUCAGUCAUAAGCUAUUUGUCAAGUCUAAUCCUUUGUAUGAUGAUGAGCCAUUGAGGAGUAAUAAAGAGUUAAUUGACUCAACAUUGAAAAAUUUCAACUUGGCAGGACCUCACGAAGCAUAUUUGAACAAAUUAACCAAUCUGGAGCUAUCGUUCCAUUUCUUCCCCUUUGCACAGGAUAUUGAAAGCAAUGAAGUUGUCAAAAUUUUGUUAAAGUAUUCGCAAGGCUGCUCGUACUUAUUAACUUCUCUCCUAUCGAGCUCAGCUACAUUUCUGUUUAUACAAACUAGGAAACAAGUUCAUGAACAAAAUCGAGCUAAAUAUACUUCAAUAUGCUUGAAAUUGUUGAGCGAAGCAUUUCCUCAGGAUACGAGUGCUGAUGGUCCCGGUGCAGGGUCCAUGGCCAACGAUAUUGAAAAGUUGUUGUUAACAAUCUUGGUUCUCACUUCUUGUUUCACGGCAAUGACAUAUUUCCAGCAAAAACAUUCUGGCACCAGUGACAUUAAUUCUUAUUCCACUACUACUAAAACUAUUAAUAAUAAUGAUAAUAAUAGCAAUAAUUCUGAUGAUGAUUUUGGGAUGGUUCCACCACCACCACCAAAGGCGCUUUCUUGGAAAACCCACCUUCGCGGAGUUAAGGACUUGUUGAUGAAGUAUACACAGAUCACAAGGCAAUGCCCAAGCAAAGAAAAAAUCUCUAAUGGUUUGGCAUUGGCCAGGACCUGGUUCUUUGCGAUUGAGUCACUAGCCGAGUUGAAUGAUCCGUUGGGUGGAACUUUAAAGUACGUCAAGGAAAAUAUAUCACGCGUUAAUGACAUCAUCAAGACCGACUCGUGCAAGGACUAUAGUGAUAUGAGUCAUAUAUGGCUUGAAACUGGUUAUUUCAAUCGUGAAAGGAAUGUACCAUACCACGAUGCGUUACUUCGAAUCAACUUGCUUACUCUGCCCCAUCCACGUCUGGUCCAGUUUAAUUUAUUUUUGGGUUAUAGCAUUGAUGUUGUCAAGUUGAUUGACGAGUUUACGAAAUGCCUUGACUUAUUGAGAGAUCAUAAUGGCAUUCAAAUUUCAGGGACCAGAGUUACUAGAAUAAUGGCGUUGAUGGACAAGGCGAGAAUGAAUGAAAUUGCUCCUGAUGUGGAUAAAGAGACGUUUCUUAUCCCUCCUACUUCGCCAGCACACCCAAGCUAUUCUGCACCUGAUAGGAUUGAGCUUUUGAGUUCAUGUUAUGGAAGCGAAGUUGUUAAUGGGGACACGCUUUACUACUCAUGGUUUGACUGGAGUGAACAACUGCAUAUUAGUGCAAUGGCAAUCAAGUUUCUUACAACGCGUGGGCUAUUGAAACUACCAAAAACCCAUCCUUUACUUAGAGAACUCAAGCUGAAAGUAAUGAACUCGAUGUUUUUCAUAAAGCCUCUUAGCUCGUUAGCUGACAGCAGUGGUCAAGAAGGACCAAGGGACACAAGAAAUCAAGAAACACAGGGUGAACAAAAUAAUAAUGAUAAUGGCGUAUUAGCUGCUUCCGGUUCUGCAGCACCUUUUCUUGAUGAUGUUUUCGUGAAGCUGGAUAAUUUCUAUAUCUCCAAAACUUUAUUUGAUGCCAGAGCCAUUAUGGCCCAGAGCGUAUUCCGAAUAUGUCUGAAAAUUUGCGAGCAAGAUAACGAGUUUGAAAGAUUAGAAUUGUAUUUUAGAGCUUUGGUGAAGUUGGGCAAUGGAAGUUCAUUGAUUGCUUUGGAUUUUAUGAAGAAGAAAAGAUUACAAGCAAAAGAGGCGAGAAUAAAGAAUGGGGUAGAUGACAACGCAGGUGGCGGAAGAGAAGAAAGUGAUGGUUCGUCUGAUGUAGAUAUCGUUCCAUUUUCGUAA